AUGCAGUGUUCGUAUAAUUCAGACGUACGUUUUGCUUUGAAUAUAAGAAUGUUAUUGGCGCUAGCAUUCGUACCUAUUAAUGAUGUUGAAGAUGUAUUCAGUGAACUUGCUGAGAGUCAAUUUUUCGUUGAUAAUGAAGUUGAGCUUCACCGUUUACUUGAUUACUUCGAACGUACUUGGGUCGGAGUUUUAUCACGAAGUGGUAAAAAACGAUUGAAGCCUGAAUAUGAAAUAAGCCUAUGGAAUUGUUACAAUGCAGUAAUUAAUGAUGAAUUACGUAGUAACAAUGCUAUUGAAGGAUGGCAUAUUUCCAUCAAUAACAAAGUACGUGCUAUUCAUGCAAGUAUAUGUCGAUUUUUGAAAGCCAUUGUAAAUGCGCAAAGUAUUAGUGAAAGUUUGAUCACGCAAGCUAAUACUGGGCUUGGAAUUGCAUCAAAGCGUAGAAGACAGUACUCUAAUAAUAAUGCUCGAUUGAAAAAUAUUGCGUCUUCAUAUGACCACGAUAUGCAAGUUCAAUACACGAUAUAG